ACGCUAUACCACUUAGCCAACAAGGCUUGUUUCUGUGGCCGGCAGAUAGGGAAUAUGUAGCGAGGCUGGGAACGAGGGCGCAUUCGUUGUUGUCGUGGAGAGAGAGGCAGAAACUUGAAAGGAUCAGGAACUCAAAGUUGACGAACAGGCAGCAGCAGCUCUGACUGAGCCUCGCUUUUGUCUUGUUGAUUGUCUGAGUUCACAUGGUCGUCGUUUUCCCCUUCCUGUUGGAGGACCACUACACUAACAGAUGUAGCGGCUUCUCUGUUAUGGACCGCAUAUAAAGAGACGCCUAUCUGCUAAGGAUAGCGUACCUCAACCCGGACCCACCCCCACCUCGAAAUUUCUCCUUCCCAACCAUCACCAAACCCGCAGUCGCAACCCCGCCAAAAUUUGAUCGCGCAAAGGACGAGUAUCAACCCCGCCUACCGCCCAUUCUCAAUACAAGGCCGAUCGGAGGGAAACCAAAGGAGGAACAGCGACAUUGCGACGAGAUGGUCUACUACUUCACCUCUAAGGCGGUGGACCCGGCCGCCUUCAUCUACGUCGGCAAGGACAAAUUUGAGAAUGAGGAGUUGAUCAAGUAUGGCUGGGAGGAAGACGUCUGGUUCCACGUAGACAAACUCUCCUCAGCCCACAUCUACCUCCGCCUCCCGGACCCAAAGGACCCCAGCACAACAACCCCAAUGACAUGGGACGCCAUCCCCGAACCCCUCCUCACCGACCUCGCCCAGCUCACAAAAGCAAACUCCAUCGAGGGCAACAAAAAGGACAACAUCACAAUCAUCUACACACCCUGGUCCAACCUCAAAAAAGACGGCAGCAUGGCCGUCGGCCAAGUCUCCUUCAAGGACCAGCGCAAAGUGAAGAAAGUGCUCGUCGCGCAGCGCGAGAAUCCGAUUGUGAAUAGGCUGAAUAAGACAAAGGUUGAGAAAAAGCCUGAUUUGCAGCAGGAGAGGGAUGAUCGGUUGAAAGAGUUGAGGAAGAGGGAUCAGGCUUCUAGUCUUGAGAGGAAACGGGAAGAGGCUCGCGUGAUGGCGGAGCGCAAGGAGAAGAAGUGGCAAAAGGACCACGCUUAUGAUGAUAUCUUUACCGAGGAGAAUAUGGAGGCCUCGAACAACCAGAACCGCGACGAGAAUUGGGAGGACGACUUCAUGUAGUUGCGUCGUAUCCCGUCGUCUUGCAUUCAUCUUACAGCGGGAAAGAAUUUUCCAUCGUCAAUUUGUUUAGCCUCAUCGUCUGCCUCUUCCUUUCUCAAGGGUUUCCAAUGUUGAAACAGACCGUGCAUCCAUCCUGUUAGUGUUCACAUUGAUACCAUCUCAUGAUGCUCGCAAAAGACCAGUGAAUGU